CAUCGAGCGUGGGAGGCUAGCCCGCACUCCGAAUCCCCCAGUCAUGGCGCUUGCCCUGGCCACCCCAAUGGCGCUCCACUCCGGGAGGAUUUCGUCGGUGGCUAACGUCGGCAGCCUCCGCUCUCGCAAGGCGGCCCCGUUGGGCGCCUCCGCCUCCCAGUUUCUCCAGAGCUCCUUCGUCUCCUGCUCCUCCGCUUCCGCCUCCCGCACCUCGCUCUCGGCUGCGGUCUCUGCGUCACUAGCCUUCACUUCCGCCUCCUCGUUCGCCGGUUCAUCUUUGGGAAUUGAGUUCAGCUACAAUAGAUUAACAACCGGAAGAUCUCGUGGCCUGCAGAUCAGGGCUGGGAAGGCUGCCCUUUGCUUGACCAAGAGGUCAAGAUCUAGGAAGUCACUUGCCCGUGUACAUGGUUUCCGCAGGCGGAUGCGUACCACCGCUGGAAGGAAGGUCCUGAAGCGUAGACGUGCCAAAGGAAGGAAGAGACUCUGCACAAAGACCAACUCACCCACUGGGACGAAAUUUUGAUUGCACUUCAAUCUGAGGCGCUCUAUAUUCGAGUUGCAGGGAUGCAGAGCAGCCGGCACGUGCACGCAGGAGCACAGCAACGUGCAGUGUGGGCCGGUCAUCCACGGCGAGGAAGCGGACCGGCAACGCUAAUUACGCUUAGCGCGCACUGCACUGUCAGCGAUCGACAGACUUCCAUGUGCUGUGGCAGCGGAACCAAAAAUUCAGAAUACGGUUUGGAUGCACAUAGCACUUGUGUGGGCUAUUGACCAAAUAACUGCUAGCUACCCCAGUACCUUUCAGCCCACAACGGAAAUCACGGCCCAGAACUCGCUGCUCGUUCUCUUAAUUUUGAGCUUAGUUUGGCA